GAAUUAACCCUCUUUUUUUCUCUAUCUGAUUGUCUGGGUAUCGUAUAAUACAUAAGCAGACCGAGGACGUUGAAUCGUUUCGUUAUGGAAACUAACAUGUGCAAUUCUAAGUGCAUCUUUUAAUAAUCUAUUACUACCUAGUACUACUACUAUCGACUUGUCGCAAUAAAAACUGCUUUUGCACUGGUGCCAUAGAUGUACAUUAAGAUAUUGUUAACUUUACAAGUGAAAUACAAUCGAAUUUAGAACCAGCUGUACAUCCAGUUCUACGCCAAAGGAUGCCUAACAUAAAAAUAUUCAGCGGUAGUUCGCAUCCGGACUUGGCUCAGAAAAUCGUCGAUCGUCUAGGCAUCGAUAUCGGUAAAGUGGUCACGAAGAAGUUCAGCAAUUUGGAAACUUGCGUCGAAAUAGGCGAAUCGGUCAGAGGAGAAGAUGUUUACAUCGUUCAAAGCGGUUCCGGCGAAAUAAACGAUAAUCUGAUGGAGUUACUCAUUAUGAUAAACGCUUGCAAAAUUGCCUCAGCAUCUCGUGUCACCGCCGUUAUUCCAUGUUUCCCGUACGCGCGUCAGGAUAAGAAAGAUAAAGUAAAAAGUCGAGCCCCCAUUUCGGCGAAAUUAGUCGCUAACAUGUUAUCGGUAGCUGGAGCCGAUCAUAUUAUUACGAUGGAUUUGCACGCGUCACAAAUACAAGGCUUCUUCGACAUUCCUGUCGAUAAUUUAUACGCUGAGCCAGCUGUACUUAAAUGGAUUAAAGAAAAUAUUCCUCAGUGGAAUAACAGUAUCAUCGUUUCUCCCGACGCUGGUGGUGCUAAAAGAGUCACCUCGAUCGCCGAUCGUCUCAACGUAGAGUUCGCCUUGAUCCAUAAAGAACGUAAAAAAGCCAACGAAGUUGCCGCCAUGGUUCUUGUCGGAGAUGUCAAAGAUAAAGUUGCCAUCUUAGUGGACGAUAUGGCCGAUACUUGCGGUACCAUUUGUCACGCCGCCGAAAAGCUCACUCAAGCUGGAGCGAUCAAAGUUUACGCCAUCUUAACGCAUGGUAUUUUCUCGGGACCAGCUAUUUCUAGAAUUAUUAACGCUUGUUUCGAAGCUGUCGUCGUCACAAACACUAUUCCGCAGGAUAGACAUAUGAAAGAAUGCGAUAAGAUCAAGUGUAUCGACGUCUCGAUGAUGUUCGCCGAAGCAGUCCGACGUACCCAUAAUGGCGAAUCGGUCUCGUAUUUGUUCUCAAACGUGCCGUACUAAAUUAUUAUUUCAUACUUUACACACUUUUAAGCCGUAUAGAUUGUGAUUUACGUAGUUUGAACGCGUGAGCGAGAACGAAAAACAAAAUAAAAAAAAAACUAAAAUUAUGUAUAUCGAGUUUGUAAACUCGAAUUUUUUUUUAUUAUAGUGUUGAUUAAAUUAUCGUUAUUCGUUAUUUAUCUAUAGUAAGACUUUAUAUAGGUGCCGUACACUUCGUAGAAGAAAGAUGAAAUUUUGUUGUUAUUUCUAGUCAAAGUAAUCAUUGGCAUUUAUCCGCUCAUCGGACAUGUCAUCUUUUCAUCCAAAGACUAUAUCGAAACAUCUGAAUAUAUAGUCGACUAAAAUUCUACCUAAAAUUAUGUACUAGUGAAACAGACAACAUUCCUUUUAACGCCCCAUUUACGUAUCGAGUAUUGUGUAUGUAAAAAUAAUUUAUUCUAUUGUAAUUUUUUUUUCUAUGUCUUCUCGUUUAGCCCAUUGAACCUUUUACGCAUUUUUCUGCCGAUGAGACCUGCAUGAUUUCUCGAAAUGGUUUAAUUUAAUUGUUUAAUGAAUUUUGUUGCGUUAAUUACCUAUUUUUUUCCUGUGUUUCUAUUUUGUGUUGAAGAUGCUUUCUCUUUCGUGUUAGGAGUUUUGUAAACGUGAUCAUUUCCAAAAACAGAUCAGCAUUCGAUCCUUCUUGGUGUACGAAUGUCGAACAUGAUGCGAAUUUCUCAUUUCACCGUUUCUUUAAUUAUUCUCGUUCUUGAACACAUUUAUAUACAGACAAUAAAAUUUUACUAAACGGUC